GUCACUGCGCAUCAUUCUAGCUAAAGCAUAACCACUCUACAAUUGUUACUUUUUUAUCUCAAUCAAUAACCAGCAUGUCAACUGAAUCAAGACUCUGGCAGCCCCUGAAGCUGGGAAACACCACCCUCUCCCACCGCAUCGCCCUCGCCCCUCUAACCCGCUUCCGCAACGACGAUGACCAUCUGCCCCUCGACCUCAUGAUCAAAUACUACGCCGACCGCGCCUCAACCCCCGGAACGCUCGUCAUCAGCGAGGCAACCGGUAUCUCCAAAACAGGAGAAGCAGUCCCCAAUGCACCAGGAAUCACCUCCCCAGAGCAAAUCGAGGGCUGGAGAAAGAUCUACGAUGCUGUUCAUGCUAAGGGAAGUUAUAUGUUUCAGCAGCUUUGGGAUCUUGGAAGGGCGGGUGAUCCGGAAUAUUUGAAGAAGAGAGGGUAUAAGUACUCGUCGAGCAGUAGUCUUCAGAUGGAGGGCAAGAAUGUGGCGCCUGAGGCGUUGACGGAGGAGGAGAUUUGGCAGAAGAUUGGAGAGUUUAGACAGGCUGCUAGGAAUGUUGUUGAUGCUGGUGGUGAUGGUGUUGAGAUUCACGGUGCUCAUGGAUACCUUAUCGACCAAUUCAUCAGCGAAAGUAUCAACAGCAGAACCGACAAGUGGGGAGGUUCCGUCGAAAACCGCGCUCGCUUCCUCCUAGAAGUCAUAAAAGCCACCGUCGAAGAAAUCGGUGCCGAGCGAACUGCCCUUCGUCUAAGUCCCUUUGCAACAUUCCAGAGCGCCUAUACCGCCAAUCCUUGGGAUCAAUUCGGCUACAUCUUCAACGAGCUUAAGAAAGCUGGCUACAAACUCGCUUACGUCUCACUUGUUGAGCCCAGAGGUAACCCAGCUUAUCUUGAUGCUACACCUAAAGAUCUUGGCUCAGACAAGGUUAGUCCCUUUGGGGACAGGAAGCAGAGUCUGGAGUACUUUCUCGAGAUGUGGGAUAACCAGUCUCCUGUGAUUGUUGGAGGUGGAUAUAUCCCUGACAAUGUUUAUGAUUCAGUUGAUGGGAGUUACAAGAAGUGGGAUGUUGUUGUUGCUUUUGGGCGAUGGUUCAUCUCGAACCCUGACUUGGUAUUCCGACUUAAGUAUGGCGUGGCUUUGACGCCUUACCAGCGGGAUACUUUCUAUGUUCCUAAGAGCGACAAGGGAUACAAUGACUACACUUUCAGUCAGAGAUAUCUGGAGGCUACGAAGGCAUAG